AAAAACGAUAUGUACUUUCCAAUGUAUCAGUUCUUACUGCCAGGCUGCCCGCAGGCAUCUUAGCCUAAGAGUGCCCAACUACCUCGCCAUGGCAGAGCCAGCUGAUGAGGUGGUUGAAGAGAAUGAGUCGUCACCACUGUCCCCCGUUGUCAGCUCCCGAAAAGCACCAGUGCAUUGGCUUCGAUGGGCCUCGGUGGGCGUCUUCAUCUUUGCUAUUCUAGCUUUGGCUGGUGCUGCUUGGGCUUAUGCUUCAGGUAGCUCAAUCAUGGCACCUUUCGAGAGACAGCUCACCUCAAAGGUGAACUGUGGCAAGGUGACAUGCGGGCGCUUUGCACAGCACAAGACCUAUGGGACCUGCGACGGGCCUGCAAGUUCAGAUGAUUGCCAGGACUCCUGCUGCGAAGCCAUCCGCUGUGACCACAUCAAGGACUGGAGCUGUUCCAAUGAGGUUGGAAGCGGUUUCUUCAAGCGCCAAGUGCCUGAGAUCUUGAAGGGCCUGCACCGGCACAGCUUGCAGUGCAAAGGAGAGGAACAGUGCAAGGAUCGCUGUUGCCAGAGCACGUGCAAAGCAACCACCUGCGAGGAGCCGUACCUGUGUAAGAAGCCCUAUGCACCCAAGAAGUGCACUGCUUCCGAGUGCCAGUCACAAUGCUGCUAUGACAAGAGCUAUUGUGGCAAUGGCAUAAAUGCAUGGUCUUACGCUUGCAAACGCUGCAAGAGCAAGCUUGAGUAUUGUGAGCAGCAGGUGGGGGAUCGCUCCAGCUUCGGCCGGGACCAGUGGAACGACCGGGUCUUGAAGCUGGUGAAGGCAGGCAAGCUCGCGCCUGGAUGUGAAGAGGACGCGGUGACCCCGGAUUGCAGGAACAACUUGAAGUAUGGAGUCCUCUCCAAGUUCCUGCUUCACAAAUCCGACGAAGGGGUCUCGGUGAAUACCGUGGCCGUGGUCCCCGGUGGCACGGAGGCGCUGAGCGGAGGCGAUGACGAGCAGGUCUUCAAGUGGCGCAUUGCGGAUGGACACUUCUUGCGGAACUACUCCUCCCAUACCGCACCCAUCAGACAGGUCUUCCCGUUGAAGGAUGCCACGUUCUUGUGCGCCGCCACCAAUGAGGAGGCCAUCGUUUGGUUGGUUCAAGCAGGACAUGAUUACAAGGAUGCGAUUGAAAUGGAAUUCACUCCGGAAGACCCCCGCGAGGGAGCAGGACCUGUUGGAGUCACUGGCUGCAUCGGCUUGAAUUCUUAUGAGACCUUGCUGGUGGGCUUGACUAACAGCUUUGCCGUGCUCUGGGAGUUCAAGGUUGACCAUUUCAUGCCUGUACCCACCGACCCCAAGUUGGAGUACAUGUGGCAGAUCGACAAGGAUUUCGGCUACUACAAGAAGUGGCCCUGGUGGGAUAAACAGGAUGUCGUGAAAACCGCGGUCAAGGAGUGGGAAAAGAACCGCUUCCACUUGCAUGACGGCUAUGCUCGCAGACUGCGGGGCAAUGACCUGGGCAAUGGCAAUGCAUCCAGAGAGCUUUUCGACAUGGACAAGGGGACCAUACCUUGGCUAUACCACAAGCUCCACCGUUCUUCCCCACUCUCCCCCUGGGACAACACCUUCACGAACUUGCGUUGGGGCGAUGUCCCGGACACUUAUUACGAGCCAGACGGCUGGGGUGCUGUCACUGUCAUGGUGGAGAUUCCCUCAGAUACCUUGUUCGUGAUUGGCUACGAGGACGGCAGCAUCCGAACCUGGCACAGCUAUAAUGGCUUCAUCGUGGCCGUGAUCCCCAAGGCCCACGCCGGCGCGGUGAACGCCAUGGUGGCGGCGCCGGCCGGAGGGAACUUCUACUCCGCUGGGGCGGAUGGCUUCAUCCGCGUUUGGGAGUCCUCGAGUGGGAAGUUCGUGCGGGAAAUCUAUGCCGCCUGGGCCGGGCCCAUCGGCAGCCUCGCGAUGAUCCCUGGGGGCAACGCGAUCUACUCGGGCCACUUCUCAGGGACAAUCUACCUUUGGGCGGUCGAUGGGACGGCCCUGUGCCAUUUGGACACCGAGGGCGGGAAGGUCAAUAGCUUGGCAGUGAACGACGGGAGCAUCGGUCAAGUGUUGACUGCUCUGGAGAACGGAGAGGUGAGGGUUUAUGCCCAAGGAGGUCUUGGCCCAGGGUGAGCGACCGAAAACAACACCCCAACCGAGGGUGUGGCGGUCCGGGAGGUGUAGACGUUGCCUCGGAAGAAUUCUCAAGUCCAAGGAGCGACCCGUUUAGUGCGUG